ACGCAGAGGAUCCCCGCGGUGAAGGAUGCAGACCCUCGGCUCCCUCCUGUCCCGCCGCUGGGCCUGGCUCCAGCGCCGCAGCACUUCUGGAGCCACGGGCACAGCCGGAGCUGGCGCCGGCACCGGACACGGCCCGGGCCGCAGUGCCACCCGCUGGAACUGGACCCUGGACCCCGCCGGGGACUGGCACUACAGAUGGAUCAGCCUCAUGGUGCUGCCCAUCCUUUACAGCUGGGUCAUCCUCAUCCUCAGGUGCUGCUUCCCCGAGGUGCAGGAGGCACACACGGGGCUGUGGCAGGCCCUGGACGGGCUCUGCGACGCCCUGUACCUGCUGGACAUCACCGUGCGCUGCCACACGGGCUUCCUGGAGGACGGGAUCCUGGUGCAGGAUGUCAGUCGGACGCGGCGGCGCUACCUGGGCUCCUGGACCUUCCCCUGGGACGUGAUGGCUGUGCUGCCCACCGAGCUGCUCUGCCUGCUCCCAGGGGUGCCGAGGGUCCCCGGGGUGCCAGCGGCACGCGCCAACCGCUGCCUACGGGUGCCACGGCUCUUCGAGGCCUUCGACCGCUGCGAGACACGCACGGCAUGGCCCAACGUGUUCCGCAUGGCCAAGCUGAUGCUGUACCUGCUGCUGGGCAUCCACUGGCACGGCUGCCUCUACUUCGCACUGUCGGCACACCUGGGGCUGGGCGACGACCCCUGGGUCUGCCCCAGCUCCACCCGGCCGCUGCGCCGCUACCUGCACAGCUUCUACUUCUCCACGCUGGUUCUGGCCAUGGUGGGUGACACACCGGCACCGCAGCGCGAGGAGGAGUUCCUCUUCCUCACCGCCGGCUUCCUCCUGGCCGUGCUGGGCUUCGCCACCAUCACGGGCAGCAUCAGCGCCGUCAUCGUCAACCUCGGCACGGCCGCCUCUGCCUUCUACCCCUCCGUGGGGCCGGUGCGGCGGUACCUGCGGGCGCGGGGCGUGGGCGGGCGGCUGCGGGGGCGCGUGGAACGCUGGCACCAGCACCUGCGGGCGCAGCGCAAGCUGCCGGCAGAGCAGGAGGUGCUGCGGCUCCUGCCGCCGGGGCUGCGCGCCGAGGUGGCGGCGGGCGUGCACCUGGCGGCCCUGCGGCGCGUCAGGCUGUUCCGCGGCUGGGAGCGCGGCCUGCUGCGGCAGCUGGUGCUGCGCCUGCGGCCGCAGGUCUUCGGCCCCGGCGAGUUCGUGUGCCGGCGGGGGGACGUGGGCCGCGAGAUGUACUUCAUCCGCGAGGGCCGUCUGGCCGUGGUGGCCGAGGACGGCGUCACGCAGCUGGCCGUGCUGGGCGAGGGGCUCUACUUCGGGGAGAUCAGCCUCAUCAACAUCAAGGGCAACAUGGCAGGGAACCGGCGCACGGCCAACAUCCUGAGCAUCGGGUACUCAGACCUCUUCUGCCUGGGCAAGGAGGACCUGGCGGAGGUGCUGGCCGAGUUCCCCAGUGCCCGUGCUGCCAUGGAGGCCAAGGGCCGGGAGCUGCUGCUGCGCAUGGGCCAGCUCAACACGGCAGCUGAGGCGGCGGCGUUGGCGGCCGAGGCCGAGGCGGAGCGGUGGCUGCAGGGGCUGGAGGUGGCCCUGGAGGGGCUCCAGACACAGGCAGCCCGGCUGCUGGCACAGCUGGAGGCCGGCGCCCUGCGCAUGGCCCUGCGCAUCCAGCGCCUCGAGGGGCGGCUGCAGCUCCAGCAGCAGCGGUGGGAGCAAGCCGUGGGGACGGAUGGGGCAGCAGGAAUGGCCUCACCUGCCGGGACACGGGGUCCCACGGGGGGACAGGGCCCCCCCAGAGUGCGGUGUUCAUCCGAGGCACAGGGUGGCAGGGCAUAUGGUCCCCUCAAGGAACAGGGUCCCUCCAAGGUGCAGGGUGCCCCCAGGACACAGGGUCCUGCCCAGGAACCAGGUUCUGCAGGAGGACGGGGUCCCACUGGGGUGCAGGGCCCCUCUAAGGCACAGGGCCCUCACAGAGCACAAGGUCCCAGCAAUGUGCAAGGUCCUCCCACAGCACGCGAUACCCCCACGGUGCAGGGUCCCCUCAGGGCACAGGGUGACACUGGGGCACGAGGUCCCAGUGGCAUGUAUGGUCCCACGGGGCCACAGGCUCCCCUCAAGGCACAUGGGACCCCCAUGGUACAGGGUUCCCUCAGGACACAGGGGCCGCCCGGGGCACAGAGGCAGAUUGGGGCACGAGGUCCCAGUGGCAUGCAUGGUCCCAGCAGGGCAGAGGCUCGCCCCAGGGCACAGGGUCCCUCCGGGUCACAGAGCUCCAGAGGGGCUCAGGGUGUCGGGGUCCCUCGAGGGGUGGGGGCGCCGCGGGACUAGUUCCGCGGUGCUGAGGGGUCACCGGGAGGGGGACACAGCAGCCACCACUGUUGUCGGGUGACCCCGACAGCUGCUGCUGCGGGACGGGGACCGGGACGGGGAAGGAGCCAGGGUGGGGAUGGGUCAGGGUCACGGAGUUUCGGAGCCGUGUGAGCAGCUCGGGAUCCCCAGCCCCGCCGGGCCGUCCCGGGGCAGCCGCAGGGACGCGGUGACAGACCCCGCGGUGGCGGCAGUCGCCGACGCCCGGUGCCUCAAGAGCGGUCUCGGCGAGACCCCCAAGCUGCCCGACCCGCCCAGAACUCCGGCUGCAGCCCGGUGCUCCCCGAGCCCCGCUCCCGCUACUCUCCAUGGCCCCGCUUGUCCCCCCCGCCCCGGGCUCCCUCUGUUCCCGCCUCCCCCGCGCCCCCCAGCACCCCCCGG